GGUGGGGGUGGGGUGUUCUGUGUGGCACAGUUGAGGAAGGCAUGGAGGUAUUGUUUCCUCUCUCAAGCGACAAUCUUGCAUUUUAGAGUUUGCAGUCAGUCCUUCUUUGUGAUUACAUCACCACAUGUCAAAAAGACUUCAGUCAAGAAUCUCUGAAGCUAAUGCUGCACAAGGGAGUCACAGGAAAAGGACACUAUCUGAAGGAUAACAGAGAGAUCAAAGAGACUAGAAAGGACACAGCCAGAGGUAGGCGGCAGCUCUCAGAAGUCAGCAGUAGCCACCCUUUAUGCAGCCAGCAGACACCUGGAGCUAAUACCUGUGACUGAGGGUCUGCACGUCACGGAGAGCUGGUGCUGAUGGACACAGGCCCUGCAGCAGCCACUGAUUCACCAGGGCCACGUCAGUGGCCGCCUCUGUGAGACACUCUGCCUCUUCCUUGCCUUCUCUAAGGAAGAAGCAAGUGCUUCUGUGUGAGACCAGCAGAGUGCUUCAGAUUCAGGCUCCCCAGAUGAAGGGCUUGGGGCUGGUACUGGUGCCAGGAUCUUCACAUGUAGCGUUGGGCAUCAUGCUGGUGUUGGUACUGAGUUUCCUGCCAAGCUUCUACUGUGCCCUGGGAUCAGCACGUUACUCCUCCUAUGAAAUAGUCACCCCUGAGGCUCUGACAGUUGAGGGAAGGGAAGACCCAGUGGAAGAGGUAUCUUACGUGAUAUUUAUGCAGGGCCAGAAACAGCUGAUCCACCUGAAGGUGAAGAGAGACCAUUUUGUCAAUAACUUCCCAGUCUUCAGCUACCGCAAUGGCACCCUGGCACAAGAAAGGCCUUUCGUCUCACAUGACUGUCACUAUGAAGGCUACAUAGAAGGAGUCCCGGGGUCUUUUGUUUCUGUCAACACCUGUUCAGGCCUCAGGGGCGUCCUGAUUAAGGAGGGACGGUCCUACGGCAUUGAGCCCGUGGACUCUUCACCACACUUUGCACACGUGCUGUACACCAUGGCACAUCAAGCUCGAGUCUCCUGCAGCGUCACUCCCGAAGACAGCCAAGUGGUGUCCACCAGCAGGCGACAAGGGAGCAGGCAGCCUGCAGGUCUACAGGCGCCAUCCUACUUGUGGUCACACACCAAGUACGUGGAGAUGUUUGUCGUGGUCAACAACCAGCGGUUCCAAAUGUGGGGCGGUAACGUCAGUGAGACAGUCCAGAGAGUGAUGGACAUCAUUGCCCUGGCCAACAGCUUCACUAGGGGAAUAAACACAGAGGUGGUGCUGGCCGGAAUGGAGAUUUGGACCGAGGGGGACCCCAUAGAGGUCCCAGAGGACCUGCAAGUGGCACUCAGGAAUUUCAAUAGCUGGAGGCAAGAGCAGCUCCUCCAUCGUGUGAAGCAUGACGUUGCCCACAUGAUUGUUGGACAGCAUCCUGAACAGGGUAUGGGGCAGGCAUUUCUCAAUGGUGCCUGUUCCACAGGCUUUGCAGCAGCUGUUGAAUCCUUCCAUCAUGAAGACGUCCUCCUGUUUGCAGCGCUCCUGGCCCACGAGCUCGGGCACAACUUGGGUAUUCAGCACGACCACUCGGCCUGCACUUGUAGAGAUAAAUGCUUCUGCCUCAUGUAUGAAGAUAUCACUAAAGAAAGUGGCUUCAGCAACUGCAGCUCUGACUACUUCUACCGGUUCCUGCAGGAACACAAAGGGGCCUGCCUGUUUAACAACCCUCAGCACAAAGGCCGCCUGCGGAGGGAUUCCACCUGCGGCAACGGGGUGGUGGAGGGCGAGGAGCAGUGUGACUGCGGUUCUGCCUGUUACACUCACCGGUGCUGUGACCAGACAUGCAGACUGAAGGGGAAUGCGGAAUGUAGUGAUGGACUCUGCUGUUUUGGUUGCCGAUUGAGAAAUAAGGGGUACGUGUGCCGUUCUGCUGCGGGAGAGUGUGACCUCCCAGAGUACUGUGAUGGUACCUCUGCAGAGUGCCCUGCAGACAGCUAUAAGCAAGAUGGUACACCGUGUGACAGACUUCACUACUGUGUUGGGGGUCGAUGUAGGAACCCUGAUAGUCAAUGCUCAGAUCUAUAUGGGUACACUGCACAGUCUGCCCCCGAAAACUGUUACAUUUCAAUAAACAGCAAAGGGAACAGGUUUGGAAACUGUGGCCGCCCCACCUCAGCAAAGUCAAGUUACGUUAAGUGUUUUGACGAUAAUAUAUUUUGUGGGAAAAUUAUAUGUACAAAUGUUAAAUGGGUCCCAUCAAUCAAACUCCAUUACACAGUGAUCCAGAUUCCUCAUGAAAAUGACUUCUGCUGGAGCAUGGAUGCCUAUAACAUUACUGAUAUUCCUGACGACGGGGAUGUGCACUCCGGCACUCCUUGCGCCCCAAACAAAGUCUGCGUGAAUUACUCCUGCACCGAUUAUGCUGCGCUCAACUAUGACUGCGAUCCAGCGAGAAUGUGUGGUGGGAGAGGGGUCUGUAACAACUUAAGGCACUGCCACUGUGAGGUUGGCUAUGCCCCCCCUGACUGUAAAACCAUAGGUGACGGGGGUAGUGUGGACAGUGGUCCCCCUGCCAAACCAGAUGAUGAAAAUCCAAGUCAGGAUAAAAGGAAAAGUCACAGCGUUGGUCAUGGUAAUUUGGGCAGAGGUGGUGAAAAUACAGAAGGCAAAGCCACUGGCAAUCUGGUGUAUGUAUUCCCCUUGUUUAUUUUUGGAAUAUUAUUAGCUCUAAUUAUUGGUAUCAUUGUUGUGGCUAGAAAGGAUUUUUCACGGUGCUCACAAAAGGCCCCAGAAGAAAAGGAAGAAGCAGCUGUACAAGAAGAGGAAGGAAGCAUAAGAGAGGAGGAAAUAACAGAAGCAGAAAGUGAUUGAUAGGAAGAUGCCUAAGACAGCAAACCCUGACACUGGACCUGGUGGCGCAAACGUGCAGUGCUCACUGAUGGCUGCAGUGGCUCUGACUGGAUCUCUAAAGUCUGUAGGAACGUACUAAUGCAGGAGGAGGGGUUCUCUUCUGUCUGUAGUUUAGUCAUUGAUUAUAUAUACAUAUGUAAAAUCAUUUCUAAAACAUUUUACUAUUUUUCCUUUUCACACUUUAUGAAACCAUUUAAAUAAACUUCUCUCAUGGAUCAUACCUAUCAAUUUUUUAGACAUUUUUUUCUUGUAUUGAUUCUAGAGA